AUGUUGAUAAAAGAACCUCUCAGAUUCAGUCUUCGUUAUUUUAUAGCUUUAACAACUGAUGAAAGAAAUACAUUAUUAUUACCAUUAUUGGAGAAUGGUUGGAAAUUGGUUAAUAAUCGUGAUGCUAUCAAUAAAGUAAUUAUUUUUAAAGAUUUUAACCAGGCAUUUGGUUUUAUGACAAAGGUUUCAUUAAUGGCUGAGAAAAUGAAUCAUCAUCCAGAAUGGUUUAAUGUUUAUAAUAAAGUUGAUAUUACUCUUAGUACACAUGAUGUUGGUGGAUUAUCAAAUAAUGACAUUAAAUUAGCAACAUUCAUAGAUAAUAAUAUUUAG